GUCACUUCCGAGGCGAUGGCGGCGGCCUUGGGCAAGGCCACUGUGUUCCCGCUCGGGCUCGGCCGCGGCCGCCGGCUCGGGCGGGGGUUGGCGCUGCCUCCCGCGCGGCUCGCGGGCUCCGGGCCCACGUGCGACGUGGUGGUGUCGGGCGGGGGCAUGGUCGGCAGCGCCAUGGCCGCUGCGCUGGGACAUGACGUCCAUUUCCGUGAUAAGAAAAUUGUGCUACUGGAAGCUGGUCCUAGGAAAGUGUUUGAUCGUUUGCCUGAGAGUUACAGUAACAGGGUCAGUUCCAUCUCCCCUGGCUCAGUGACCCUUCUCAGUAGUUUUGGUGCCUGGGAACAUGUCUGCAGUCUGAGACUCAAAUCCUUCCGGCGAAUGCAGGUGUGGGAUGCCUGUUCAGAAGCCAUGAUCAUCUUUGAUAAGGACAACUUAGAAGACAUGGGCUAUAUAGUGGAAAACGAUGUCAUUAUGUCUGCUCUGACCAAGCAGUUAGAAGCAGUAUCAGACCGGGUGGAGGUCUUCUACAGGAGCAGAGCAGUAGGGUAUUCCUGGGCCCUUCCCUAUCACACCUCUGACACAAGUCCUUGGGUGCAAAUUGAUUUAGCUGAUGGACGCAGACUCCAGACCAAACUGCUGAUUGGAGCAGAUGGUCACAAUUCCAUGGUCCGGAAAGCAGCUGGAAUUCCAGAUGUCUGCUUUCAGUAUGACCAGUCAGCUGUGGUUGCUACUCUUCACUUGUCUGAGGCCACAGACAACAACGUAGCAUGGCAAAGAUUCCUUCCGUCAGGGCCAAUUGCUCUUCUCCCACUGUCUGACACUGCCAGCUCUUUGGUUUGGUCCACAUCUCAUGAACAUGCAUCUCAGCUUCUCAGUAUGGAUGAAGAAAGCUUUGUGGAUAGCAUCAACUCUGCCUUUUGGAGCAACAUAAACCACUCGGACUUCAUUGAUACUGCUGGUGCUGUGUUCCGGUCUGCCAUUUCUCUCCUGAUGCCAUCGGGGUCUGCAAUCCGUCAGCUGCCACCAAGUGUUGCCAAAGUGGAUCCAAAGAGCCGAGCUAUGUUCCCUCUUGGUUUGGGACAUGCAACGGAGUAUGUCCGUCACCGUGUGGCACUUAUUGGGGAUGCAGCACAUAGAGUCCAUCCACUAGCAGGACAGGGUGUAAAUAUGGGCUUUGGAGAUAUUGCAUGCUUGACACAUCACCUCAGCAUGGCAGCCUUUGAUGGGAAAGAUCUGGGUUCCAUGAAACACCUCCUCCAGUUUGAGACAGAACGGCAGAGGCACAAUGUUUCAUUGAUGACUGCUAUCGACCUGCUGAAGAGACUCUACUCCACAAGUGUCGCGCCCUUUGUACUGCUGAGGACGUGGGGAUUGCAAACAACAAAUGCCCUGUCUCCAGUCAAAGAGCAGAUCAUGGCCUUUGCCAGUAAAUGAUGUGCUUGUCAGUCUGGAUCUGCAGCUCACCAGUGACUGUUCUAAACCCAAGAACUUUAUCCCCUGAGGUCUGGUGUUUGGUUUAGAAGCAAAUAAAAAUAGCAUAUUUGAAGAGUAACAAUAAAAACUAAGAGCGAGA